CACAGAGCAGUUUAUCAGCCGAAUUUCGUAAAUAUGCGAAGUUUCAUAAAAAUCCGUUGCGAAAUAACGUUAAUAAAGGACCUUAGACUUACCAAGUUUUACAAAGUAAUGCUUGCCAGGGGGCAAGUCUAUACUUCUCUUUGUCAACAUUGGCAAGUUUCGGAUCCUAUACUCCAUGAGUUUGCAACGGAUACUUAUAAAAUUCUGCAUAAUUACUAAACUCGGUAUAAUAAAUCGAGAAGGGAGUCGUAUAUUUUUUUUGGAAUGAAAAGACUCGGAAAAGCGUGGCAUCGGCGAAGUGGUCAGUUAGAAUGGAAUAUUAAAAUAUGUCAAACUGUCCGUUGAUAAAUUGCGUCCCUUGUUACUAAAAGGAGCAGCUGAUUUUGUCCCGAAUGAUAAAACCAGGUGCUUCUUAUCUGAAUAACUAGAGUAAUAUUGAUUUUGAAGCAGUCAUUAUAUUUAACUUUAGUUUUUAUAUGUUUGCUAAUCGAAUGGAGGAUAAAAGGCUCGGAUUAAAUGCUAGACCUUGGCAACGGAAAACACCAUCACAAGAAUGCAUCGAAGUACACAGAGGUCUGCGCAUGUCUAAAAUCAAAAACAAUGUUAAUAAUUUUGUCUUUGCCUCAAUGGAAAAUUGUCAUUCAAGGGAUUAGAUAACUUGCCGUAUUAUUACGAGAGUAGUACUUUUCAUAGGAAACUAUUUAAUAACGAGUGCAAACUACCUCCGAUUGUACUUUGAGUCACCGGCUCAUUGCUUCUUCGCUUUGCCAUUUACGUGCAGUUUUGAUAGAACUAAAACGAUAUUAUCCGAUGAUAUUUCUUUGCGUUGCUGGAGCAAUUAAGCAGACUUGAUGGAGAGGAACUUGGCGAGGUUGAUGGUCUCAGUAGAGAAACGUGUUGAAAUUUUAAAUAAAUAUUUAUAAGGAAUAACUUGCUGGGGAGGUUUUAACCUCCCCAGAAUCCAAAGAAACCGACUCAUAGAAGACUAUCGUACGACAAAAAGAAAGUUAUACUGAGGCAAACUUAGUAAUUGAUACCGCUGAACUUUUUGGAAGAAAUGAAUAUUACCUGAAAAUUAAAUGCGAGGAACGUGAUAAUGUAUAUGGCUUGUAGAAACAAUAACCUCGAGGCACUUCAGGCGGUGUUAUCUCUCUAAAACUUCAUGCAGCUCCUCCAGUUUGGAUAUAGUAAAUAUUCUAACAGCCCCGAGACUUUAAUUCCCUACUUCCUCCUUGUUACCUCUCAAAUUUCCUACAACUGUCGGUUACUUCAAAAAGCGCGGUAGGAAUUACGCAUGUAACUAGCUAAAACCUUUUCAUUUAUUUUAUAAACGGUUCUAAUGCUGGUGACCUACGUAGUUUGAUUUCGAGUACUACGUCACAGUUAAUUUUAUUCUUUACACCUUCUCAUAUCAGGGCUGCGUGGAGAAACAAUCCAAAUUUGCAUUUGAAAUAUUGUACUCUUGAUGGUCUGGGACUCUCUUUGACAGAUGAUGACAUGACAACUGUCAGCUGGUUACCAAGGUUCACACCCAAUAAAAUAUUAUGCCACUCGCGUAAAACUCUUUUCUCCACGCGGCCGCCACCUAGCCCACAACAAUGAUCGACAGCUUCCUUGCAAACAAGUUACAAAACAGACUGAAACUCCUCUUAAGAGUCAUUUAUUAUUAUUGCACAGUUUGCUUAGUGUUGCUUUACAUAUAUGUGUAUUACGGUUAUAUUAACGACACUAAAGAAAUAAAUAACGAGAUAACACAAAACACCGACGCUUUCUACGCACAAAAUAUAUCGUGUUCAGAUAACACCUUUCCAACGCCCAAUGGUUGUGCACCAUGUAUUAACGGGACGUUUGGUUUUUCCGGCUGGAGUGAAUGCAAGCCUUUGUUAAAUUGUUCAGAUAUUGCUCUCCAAGUUCAUCUGAAUGAGCGCACCUUCCGAGGAAUGGUGAAAGAAAAAUGGCUGGCAGACUGGAACGGCCAUCGCGUUGUGUAUGUGAAUUGCUCAAGCACUCGAGUUAAGACGCAGUGUUUGCGCGGAAUGACCAGGAUGGAAGAGCUUCAAGGACCGUUUGUAACUCGUCUUAUUGGAAGAUGUCACGAAAAGCUAGAGAUUGUAACAGCCUAUUACAAACAUGGCUCAGCAAAUAAUCUGAACAGACUUCUUCAAAAGCCAGAGUUCUCUCAAUACAACAACAUACAGACGAGAUUUCAGUUGAUUGUGGAUUAUGUGAAGAUCAUGAACUACCUGCACAACAGUCCGAUCGGAAUUCGUGUGAUGUGUGACACUGCUUCCCUACGUAAAUUAUUAACGCAAUAUUUAAUUACGGAUGACUUUCACUUGGUUGUGAACGACCUCGAUAACACACCAGACGCCAGAGACGAAAAUGGAAUACUGUGCGCAAACAGGAAGGAAUUGCUGCAGUUUGUGGCACCAGAGCAAAGGUGGCCUUUCAAUGGGUCCGUACCUUUCAGAUCAGAUCUGAAGCCAACCUACGACGAAAAGAUAGACAUUUGGAAGAUUCCUCCGGUUGUGGAGAGAAUUCUUGGCGAUGUGAACGGAAGCAGAUUUACAAAGAGUAAACUACGGAGAGUGAUGGAACGAUGUCGAGCGACUGAUCCCCGGCAAAGGCCGACUGCUAACGAGGUCUUGCAGAGGUUAUUGAGAGUGCAGAGACUUAUCAGAAACAUCCUCUUUGAUCCCUGAUUAUAAACAAUGUUUUCAGUUGACAUUUUUUCAUCAUAAAAAAUCAAAAGACUAUAACAUACAUUGUAAUAUAUACAUUCUAAUGAGUCUCUUGUUCAGAAACACGAUUUGACCUUAUAAGUGAUUCUUCUCUCGCAUAUUGCGUGUUCUGAGGCUUAUGUUAAGGCUUUUCAAUAUCAGGUACCAACUGUACAUUAUAUACUACUAUCAAAUUAUCUUAGAUAGGAGUUUUUAUAGACGAUAUAGAGUGAACCAGAAACCCUCUAGUACACCUCUGUUUCGACCGUAUGUACUCAAGAUUGUUUAGCAAGAUUUUGGAUUUUACUUCUCUUUUAAUAAAAAUAGAUUUCAUCUUAUACGCCAUUCACACCAACUAGACCAGUCUUUUUGAGAAGACAGAGGUCAAGUCACCUUGCUAACAUAUGUUAUUCAAACAGGUUUUUGCCUUGUAAAGUUGUGGGGUGUGUAUGGUCUGAGCAGCUAAAUUUUAACCUUGUCUAGUUAAACCACUUUUAAACAUGUUUAACGGGUUGACGUGAAUGGGGUAUUAGUUUACAAGACGUGUUAAUAGGCAUUAAGCUUCAGAAUCUCCCUUGCUAGAUUUUAAUUCUUAUUGAUAGCCAAACUAAAUAUCUAUGGAAUUGCAGAAGAUCUCAAAUACUAAAAAAAUGCUUAGGUGGGUUGAAUUUUAAAAAUAUACCUGCGCUAAUGAAGAACAAAACUUCAAAUCAUUUAAAUUAAAAGAAGGGCGAUAACUAGUCUUAUGUAACUUCACGUAUAUUGGUCAUAAGAUCCUUUUAUUCCAUGGUGUACCUUGGCUGAAAAUAAGUAAGAAACAGGGAAGAAAGGUAAGCAGUGAUUGUAUUAUAUUAAGUAUAGUAUUUCUUUCUUUGUAACUUGCAAUUGCCUUUGCGAUUGCAUUUUAAAAAAGAGCUAGAGCAGUUUUCACUUGAGUGUCGAAAAUUAAUUGGUUUUUGUCACUACGAUACGCUAUUGGGGUAAAAAUCUCGUGCCACUUUUUAAUCCAAUCAAAUGUAAAACCAAAACCUUACUGGCACACGUUUUCCCGCGCGUCGGGUUAGCUACGUGCAUUUUGUUCAAGUUUUGAUUGGUCCGUUGGAUUGUCUGUGUCCUUUGUGAUUGGCCAGAGUUAUUACUGUGGUUUUGGUCUUAGGUCGACACUCAAUUGAAAACCGCUCUAUUGGCUGUUUAUUAAGUUCACUUGGUGUUGUAAGUUAGGUUACGAUAUUUCAAGUAAUGGGUAAUAGUGCUUCGCUAGUAAGCGAUAUUAGCAUUUGUUAAUUAAUACCCGGGCUUAUAUCGUGUCCAGUUGUAAGUAGCUGUAGCUUGUAAGUAGUGUCCAUAUUGUAUUGUAAGCAUUGUAAAGUAAUAAAAAAAAGUUUAAAAAAAGAUAAAAAAGUUUGUCAAAUAUUAAUUGAUUAAACGUGAUGUAGAUAGACAGCGCUUGUUCGAUGGUAUUAAAGUUU